GGGCGCGCCCGGAGGAAGCAAGGUAGGAGAAAGGAAGCUGGAAGUCAAAAUGGAGAGCGCUGGUUGCUCCGCUGCCGCGGCAAACGGGGCCGUGGGUUCGCCGCGGGACCGGAGCAUGGUGCCUGAACGGCUUCAGAGACGAGAACAAGAGCGGCAACUGGAGGUAGAAAGGCGGAAGCAAAAGCGGCAGAACCAGGAGGUGGAGGAGGAGAAGAGCGACUUUUUUGCUGCCGCCUUCUCUCGGGAGCAAGCGGCGGUGGGAGAGCUUCUGAAGAGCGGAGAAUCCAUGGAGCAGCUGGAGGAGGCGGCCGCUCGGCUCCAGGGCCUGCAGAAACUUCUCAACGACUCGGUUUUGUUUCUGGCCGCCUACGACCUGCGGCAGGCACAGGAGGCGCUGACGCGGCUGCAGGCGAUCCUGGCGGAGCGGCGCCAGGAGCUGCAACCCAAAAAACGUUUCGCCUUCAAGACCCGGAGGAAGGACGCUGCUUCGGGCGCCAAAGUCGACGCAGGUCGUGGCGCCCCGGCCGCUGAAGGCGUCCCGACCUCCCCGCCGCCAUUGAAGGAGGAGGGAGGCAUCGGCUCCAGCUUUGUCUGCGGCUUCUCCAAUGUGGAGUCCCAAGUCCUGGAGAAGCGGGCGGAGGAGCUGCACCAGCGCGACGUCCUUUUGACCGAUCUGAGCAAAUGCACAAUCAAACUGUAUGGCAAUCCCAACACCCUGCGGCUGGCCAAAGCCCGAACUUGCACACUGCUUUGCGGCCCGGUGUCCACCUCUGUGUUCCUGGAGGACUGCAGUGAUUGCGUGCUGGCCGUGGCCUGCCAGCAGCUCCGCGUACACACUACGAGAGACACCCGUAUCUUUUUGCAGGUGACCAGCAGGGCCAUCGUGGAGGACUGCAGCGGGAUCCAGUUCGCCCCCUAUACCUGGAGCUACCCGGGCAUCGACAAGGACUUCGAGGGCUCUGGUUUAGAUAGGAGCAGAAAUAACUGGAACGACGUCGACGAUUUCAACUGGCUGGCCCGGGAUAUGGCCUCCCCGAACUGGAGUAUUCUCCCUGAAGAAGAGCGAAUGAUCCAGUGGGACUAAACAGUUGUCGCUGUGUUCUUCACUCCUACCAAAUACUUCCCGUGUGGGACCAGCUCCUGCUAAUGGGACCUCAGAGUUUACUUAUUGUUUUCAUACUUUGUAUGUUUUCAGUAUUUUAAGGCAUGAGAUUGUGAUAGGCUCCUACUUGUGAUUUCCAUUAAAUUCACCACAGGUCUAACACUUUGAAGCAUUUUUGCUGUUUCAGUAAUGUGUAGUAGCUUUGAUUUGACCAUGAUCGUUUGAAGCAGCAAGAGGAUGAUUGUGGGUGUGUGUUGGUUAUUAGUGAUUUGUGGUGUUUAAAACUUAAUGACAAAGUAGGCCCUCAGUAAAUAUUUAAUAAAUGAAUUUAGUAGUGCUCUGUUAGCAGCCAGUUAAUGUAAAGUAUGGUAUCAAACCUGUGCAAAACACUAGUAAUUGAGAGCUCUUGAAUUGAAGGUUUGACUUCCACAGGUAUUACUCAGCAGGGCGGUGCAGACCGGUGUUCAGGUACACAUUCGCUUGGGCUUCUGGAAUCCAGCUACUCAUCCAAUUGUUUGGAUCCAGAGUUUUGGCAUCGACCCCAGGAAGCUCAUGAGUCUUACCUACUGUAAAGCAAUGAUAAUUAUAGCUACCAGUUUUUUUGUGCCCUUAAAAGGUCAUAGACAAUGUUCUAAGCACCUUACUCAUGUAAACAUGACAAAGUCCAGAAAAUCUUAUGAGGGAGGUUCUGUUAGCACCAUUUUUCAGGUGAGGCAGGUGAGUCACCUGAGUCACACAGCUUACGUGGACUAGAAGUUGAAACCAGGUGGUGUGGCUUCAGAGCCCACCUUCGCAACUCCUACAACGGAGUGAUUUUGAAUAGUGUUAGUUGAGUUGGAAAGAGAGCUUCCAAAGUCAUUAAAGAGGGCAAAUGCUUUUCCCGAUAGCUCAGGAAUAAAUAUGCUACAUAUCCUCACACAAAAACCAACUAGCUGAGUCUUAAUUUUUUCCACUCAUUUUGCUAUAAUUUUCGACUAUUACAUAUUUGGCAUUCUGCCCUGUUACCACCCAUUAUUCCUAAGUGGAAAUUUAAGAGUUUCCAAAAGCUUUUUUGGGUCUAGUGGCCUUAUAACUGCAGACAUGAUUUUAGAAAUGACCACAGGCAUUAAAAUGCUUGUAGUACUUUAAGUAUUUAUAUGUUCUAUCUUGUUCCAAAAAAGAACUUACGGUGGCUUUUAGGAUAUGUGAAAUGUAGCAAGAUAACAAAUGAGAAGGAGGAACAAGGGUAGAGUCACCCAGGCAUAACUGAGGCCGGUAAAAAAUGUGGUCUACCAAGCUCUGUUCUAGCUAGAGAUGAAUCUGGAUUUUUUUUCCCUCAACUAUCGGCUGACUUGAAAUAAUCCUAAUCAUGUCACAAUGUGCAACAUCUACAAAGGAAAGGG